AUGUUACCUGACAUUUUUAGGACACUUCUGCAUUUUAUCUACACGGACUGCUUGGUGCUUCCUUUCAAUGAUUUCGAUCAAGAGGACAGAAGAGAGAUUGUACGGCACAUACUUGUGGCUGCCGAUCGCUACCGCAUUGAAAGGCUGAAGCUCAUAUGUGAGGCUGCUCUUUGCAGGACUCUUGAUACACAGACAGUGGCAACUACAUAUGCGCUAGCUGAUCAACAUCAGUGUAAUGAUCUUAAACAGGCAUGCCUCAAAUUUAUGGCAUCUCCAACAAUAUUUGGUGAAGUGUUGGCAAGCCAAGACUAUAACAACCUCAAGAGAAAGAGCCCUAGUACAACAUUAGAGAUUUUUGAGAACGUUUAUAAGUUCCCAAAGAUCUAG